GCAGCAGCACCAAGACCUUUGGCCCCUUUGGCAUCCAGCUGGGUCUCUGGCCCACGUCAAAGUGCGACAUCUCCAGCACUGCCAAUACAUCAAGGUUCGCCCUAUGCAGUCCAGGUUCGACCAGCUGGAGUCGCCACAAAGGCGCCGACCGGCGCUGCCAGCGCGAGCGGCAUGCUGGCAAGAGGGCUCUGCCGCCAGACCACGGGGGACAAUUUGGCAAAUUACUUCAAUCAUGGACGGAGGCGAUUCACAGAACCGCCAACGGUUGUGGAAAGAAGCCCCCGCAGUCCUGGGCGCCGUGAGUCUGGCGCGACGUCGCUCUGUCCAAAGGUCGACACGAGGGAGCUCCAGCCAGCCUCUCCAAGGGGUGCUGUUCAGGUAUGGGGCCAGGCAGAGGUGACUGCGAGCGGCCUCACACGUCAACCCGCUCGACUUCAUCAUGGGCCGAAUCCAAUGAAGCUGCAGUCAGAGGUUGGUUCGCAAAGGAGGAUGAGCCACGGCGAGCCUCCCCAUUUGCAGGAAGCUUGGCAUGCUGUAAGGCAGAGCUUGAGCACGUCGCCUAGUCGGAGCCCACACAUGCGGGCACUUUCCAAUGAUGCGGCGCAUCGGCGAAGUGCCGGGGUGAAGUCUUGCUUGGAUGGAAGUCUGAGCGAGGGGGAGGAUACACUGCGUUUCCCGGCACGGUCAAGCCGUCGUGCAACGCAGCAGCAAAGCGUGGGCGCAGUCCGUGGGAUGCAGCUGCAGGUCACGAGUCCAGAGGGGCUGGAAGAAAAUCCUUCAGGGGAGGAGGCAGCCGAGGGCUUUCCAAAAGGCCGACGCGGAAAGGAGAAGCGACACAUCUCUCCCAAAGCCGGAGACGGUGGCGGCGAUCUUGCCCAUGGCUUGAAGUCUGCAGCAUCCGGGAACGAGGAUCCCCUGGGUCUGAAACGGCGCGGUCGCCGCAGUCAGGGAGCCCAGGAGCGGUGCUCUCGCAGCCCUGGUCCUUGGGAGCCUUUGCCUGGAAACAUCACAAAGAAGGAUGGCUGGGGCAGGUUCACGGCACGCCCUCCCCCAACUCUUUCGAGGGCUGGAGUUCGUGCUCCCUAUGGCACAGAAAGCGAUCUGGCACCCACGUCAACGGUGAUGCGGCUCCAUUCCGCGCCUCCAUUGCCUUACGGUUCGGAGACGGACGUUCCCCCACCGAGCCCGCGUCCUCGCGGUGGCAUUCCUUUGGGGAUGAGCAUUCCGGAGCUGCCGCUGCCAGGCCAGGAUGCUUGCACUGGGGGCAGUGGAGACAACGAGGUCAACGAGGCGGAGCCAGACACUGGUGGGACCGAAGUGCCAGAGCUCCCGCUGUCUGCGCGGAGCUGGCGGCCGGCUGAAUCGCCCGGACGUAGGAAGGCUACACCGAGAGCCUCCUCGGCUGACAGCCAUCGCAUUGGAAAAUCGUUGAUGUCGUCAACCUUUGUUGAGAGGCAGCGCCUGUCUAGCAGCCUUCGAGGUGGCUCCAGGCGUUUGUCUUCAGGUGGGAAUCUCGCACCGCAGCUCAAUCGCAAGCUCUCGGAUCAGCCCAGGACGACGUUUCACUCCAGACCGUCAGGCCACGGCCGGACCAGAUUGCGGGACGUUGCCAAACCUACUCCUCAGCUGGAUGAGGCCUACAACAAGUGUCUGCAGUCCAUCAGUGAGGAGAUCGAACAACUGCAAUCCAGGUGUUUCCGGAUCGAGCGAGAGGUGCAGAAGACGCGUGAAGAGAAUGGCAUGCUCAAAGCCUCACAGCCCCAGUCGGGACAGGACGAUGACCCAGCGAGCUGA